ACCGUCGUUCUCAACCGUAUCGAUUCCUCUCACUCAGUUUCAUACAUCUCCCCCCCUUUCUCUCUCUCUCUCAGGUGGUCUGGUCUGGUGCAAGGAAAUGGAGAAGAGAACACUGAACAUAUGGGGAGUUUCGAUUGCGUCUCUAGUAGUUCUGAUGAUCGUAACUCCCAGAAUUCCCCAGCCUCAAGCUUAUCACGAUUUCGCUGAUCAGCGCAACUUCUUCGGGAUACCUAAUACAUUGGAUGUGGUUUCAAAUGUACCCUUUCUUAUUGCUGGUAUUAUCGGGCUCGUAGUUUGCUAUCGUGGAAAUUAUUUUCGAUUGAGUUUGCAAGGAGAAUUGUUGGCUUGGACAAUUUUUUACAUUAGCAUGGCAGCUGUUGGAUUAGGGUCAGGCUAUUAUCAUCUCCAGCCAAAUGAUCCUCGACUCGUAUGGGAUCGUGUGCCGAUGAGUGUUGCAUUGGCAUCAGUUCUGGCAAUAUUUAUCAUUGAAAGGGUUGAUGAGAAGAAGGGAACAAUGUCUAUCAUUCCCCUUAUCAUGGCAGGUUUAGGAAGCAUUUUGUAUUGGAGGAUUUUUCGUGAUGUCCGUCUAUACAUACUAUUCCAGUUGCUUUCUUGCCUUGCUAUUGCUGCAAUGGCCAUCUUAUUGCCUCCAAUGUAUACUCAUUCCAUUUAUUGGCUUUGGGCUGGAGUAUUUUUUCUCAUAGGUAAAAUAGGAGAAUUAGCGGACCAACAAAUCUACGACUUGACUCGCCAAGUAAUCGGUGGGCAUACUCUUAAGCAUUUGGGCCUUGCAAUGGUUUCUGUUUUCACAAGCAUCAUGCUUGCCAAGAGGAGUGUUGCACUUAAGAGGCAAAGUGUGCUCGAUUCAUUGAGGAUUUCCAAGUCAGCGGUUAAAACGGAGUGAAAGUGGAGACUUGUACUUAGAGUUAAACUCUGUGUCAAGAAGUGUGUUCUUCCGACUUGAAAAAACAAAAUGCAUACUGCUUAAGAGUUGCAUAUACAAAGUAGCUAGAUAUUCUGUUGUGUGUGGAUUCUGUAACUGUAAGGAAGGAAGAAAUUCGCCCUUUACUUUGUAAAUAUGUUCCUUUAAUUCGAUGGGUUUUAGGUAUGCUAUGGAA